AUGGAGGAGGUUGACAAUGAUGUGGCUAAAGAGAUGCAACAUGUAGUUGGUCAUGGUGGUGGUAAUAGUAAUGAUGUAGAUGAGGAUGAGGUACAUGAUGUAGAGGAGGCUGAGGUACAUGAUGUACAUGAUUUUGAGCUAGAGGAUGUAGAAGAGGAUGAGGAUGUAGAUGAGGGUGAGGAUGAAAAUGUAGAUGAUGAAGAAGAUGUAGAUGAGGAUGUUUAUGAGGAUGAGUAUGUAGAUGAGGAUGUUGAAUGUGAGCCUGUCAGUGAAGAAAGUCUAGUUGAUGUCAGCCUUCAGUGUGACAUUGGGACUUCUAAAGGAAAUGUGAGAGAAGAACCUUGCACUCUAGUAGGUGAGUGUUCACGGACAACUGAUAAUGAUUCUAUUGAUGAUGUUCGUGGCUUGUCGGACAUUGAGUAG